UACCUGGUUCCUGGGCAGGUGACGCUUACAGGUCAAAUUUGGGAAUUACAAUUGCAAGCUUGAUUUCCAUUACAUAUCCACCUUCAUUUCCGGAGGAAGAAGGGGAAGUGCCUAAUGAAUAAACUAAAGGGAGUUCAAGCAAGUUCCAGAUUUCUCUGAGGGAGCUAGAGAGCGCAGGGUCAUUGUUUACAAAGCGGAGGAGCAGCCGGCUGAGCAGCCGGAGCUGAGGUGGUGGGUUCUCCCCGAUGCUGGAUGGGAAGACAGACGGGUAGAAGACAGGCAUAAGUGCUGUGAAAUGCAAAUCUCUGUAUAUCUGGAAAAGAUCUGGUACUGUUAUAGGACCAGCAACCAUUAUACGACGUCCCACUAGCACACUCUAACCCUAAGGGGGUGUGUGUGUGCUCAUUUACUCAAGAUUUAAUGACCAAUCAGAGCCUUGAGGUGGACCUGUCCGUCAGAAGUGGAGGCGGGACCUUCCGGGUGCCUUGCGGCAGAUUCAGGUCUAUAACGGAGUAGACUUGAAAAGUUCUGUUUGUUUGUUUGUUUUUCCGAGCACCGCCGCUGAGUGCUGUGAGGGAAGCUCUAUCAAACUCCUAAUUCACGACAUGAAUGAAAUGACCUAUGAUGAUGUGCAUGUAAACUUCACUGGAGAAGAGUGGGCUUUGCUGGAUCCUUCUCAGAAGAGGCUCUACAAGGAUGUGAUGCUGGAAACCUAUAGGAACCUCAAUGCUAUAGGUUACUGUUGGGAAGAUCGUAAUAUUGAAGAACAUUUUCUAAGUUAUAGAAGACAUGGAAGCUAUGAAAAAAGUCCUACUGGAGAGAAACAUUCUGUAUAUACUCAGUGUGAAAAAGCUUUUGCAUAUCACAGUAAUCCUCCAAAACGUCACCAAAUUCAUACUGGAGAGAAACUCCAUGAAGGUAUUCCACAUGAUAAAGCCUUUGCACAUCACAAUCAUCUUCCAAGGCGUGAAAGAAUUCAUGCUGGAGAGAAACCUUAUGAAUGUAAUCAGUGUGGAAAAGCCUUUGCACAUCGUAGUUACCUUCGAAAGCAUAAAAGAAUUCAUAGUGGAGAGAAACCUCAUGAAUGUAAUCAAUGUGGUAAAGCCUUUGCAUGUCACAGUAAUCUCCGAAUACAUAAAAGAACACAUACUGGAGAGAAACCUUAUGAAUGUAACCAAUGUGGUCAAGCCUUUGCAUGUCAAGGUAAUCUCCGAUUACAUGAAAGAAUACAUACUGGAGAAAAACCCUAUGAAUGUAAUCAAUGUGGACAAGCCUUUGCAUCUCACAGUCAUCUCCAAAUACAUAAAAGAACGCAUACUGGAGAGAAGCCCUACAAAUGUAAUCAAUGUGAUAAAGCCUUUUCACAAGGCAGUUCCCUACAAAUACAUAAAAGGACACAUACUAGAGAGAAACCCUAUGAAUGUAACCAAUGUGGUAAAGCCUAUAUAUGUCACAGUAGUCUCCGAAUACAUAAAAGAACACAUACUGGAGAGAAACCCUAUGAAUGUAAUCAAUGUGGUAAAGCCUUUGCAAGUCACAGUACUCUCCGAAUACAUAAAAGGACACAUACUGCAGAGAAACCCUAUGAAUGUAAUCAAUGCAGUAAAGCCUUUACACGGCACAAUAGUCUCCAAAUACAUAAAAGAACACAUACUGGAGAGAAACCCUACAAAUGUGAUCAAUGUGAUAAAUCCUUUUCACAACAAGGUCAUCUCAGAAUACAUAAAAGAACACAUACUGGAGAGAAACCUUAUGAAUGUAAUCAGUGUCAUAAAGCUUUUGCACGUCAUAGUCAUCUUCAAAUUCAUGAAAGAAUUCAUACUGGAGAGAAACCUUACAGAUGUAAUCUAUGUGAUAAAGCCUUUGCACAAUAUGGUAGUCUUCAAAUACAUAAAAGCACACAUACUGUUGAGAAACCCUACAAAUGUAAUGAAUGUGGUAAAGCUUUUUCACAACACAGUUAUCUCCGAAUACAUAAAAGAACACAUACUAGACAGAAAGCCUAUAAAUAAAGCAAUGUGGUAAAGCCUUUUGUGCAUAGUCUUAGAAAUCAAGAGCCAAUUCAGAGCAACUGGAGAGGAACCCUCUAAAUACAAUCAGUGUGGUAAUGUUUUGCACUUCAUGACAUCAUUAGACAAAAGUAAAACCUUUGGUGUUAUCAAUCUGUUAAAGCCUUUGCCCAUCACUAUAGUUUUGGGUGCUGGAAAAACUCACAUUGAAAGGAUUCUAUGACUAUAAAGAAUUUGGUAAGAUAUUUAGCCAAUACAUUUCCAUUAAGUUAUGGAAGAUUAUUUAUUUAGGGGAAUAAAUCUGACAAGUGUCAACAACAUAUUCAAGCAUUAUUAUAUCCCUCUUUAUUAUGCCCUGAUGACCUGGAAGAAACAUAAGAUUGAUUGCAUCACAAGUAUCUGAGGCCUUGGCACUUUAAAGAAGUUUCAGAGUCUCUACAAACUGAAAAGGAGUGAAAAGAAAGAUCAGGAGAGAAACUGACAAGACAUAAAAAGUGGCUAAACAUUUGACCAAUGCCACGAAGCAGUUUAUGUCAAAUGUGGUAAAAAGACAGCAGUGGGAGCCAUGUCCAAAGAAACAUGUGCAUUGUAUGCCUGCUGGAGUUUAUGUCUCUCAUAAGGAGAGAAAGAAAUUUGCAGGCAUGAAGACUGACUUGUCUGAGCAGGAUGGUAUUCUGUUUCUCUGAAGCCUGUAAAAUUCUGUUAGGAGGACGUCAGGAGAUCCUGAGACUUAAACAGAAGUCAGUCAAUCUAAGACUGGGGCAGUCAUGCCUUUGCAAAGAGCUGUGCAAGGUAUGGAAGAACUAUGAGCAAGAGAGCUUUGAGUAUGAAAGCCAAAGGAUCAGAAGUCUAGAGGGCAAUGGUCAGGGUGUACCUGAGGACAAGCUGGCUCCUUCUGUACUCUCUGUGCCCACUUAGCUGUGGUGGGUCAGUCCCUCCAGGCCUUCCACUCUUUCCUUAUUCUUAACAACUACAGUGUAGCUGCCAGAAAGAGCACUUGCUGCUUCCCUGGCAGUCCUCCCCCAUUCAUUAAUCCAUGUAACCUGCUUCCCUGGGGAGACUAAGGAUAUUCCAAAGAGACAUAUCUUUUCCUUUGGCUAGCAAUUAGUGAAAGAGUGGACUGCAUGAAAUUCAAAUUUCCUGAGUAGUCACAUUCUGGGUAAGACUGAGUCCUUCAGAGAAGAAUGCUUCUGCUGAAGAGAUAUUUGCACACUGCAGGAGAGAGGAGCUAAGAAUAGGUUUAAGGGAUCGCUAGAAAAUUCUUAUACAGCUUGGAUGGGUUAAUUACUUUGCAUCAAUCUCUUUUCUUCCACCUAAAUAUGUUAUUGCCCCCAAGGAUUGAAUAGUUUGCCUCUGUUGCUGUCAUUAUUUCAAUUUAGUUGCACUCAAUAAAUUUGUUUCUAAUUUUCAUUAUAAAUUUGCUUUUUCUAUUGUCUUUUCUAUUGAUUUCAAUUUAUUAUUAUUUUUUUUAAAGAAUAGUUUCUCCCUGAAUUGCUGGCUGGCCUGGGAGUAAGUAUAUAGAUUCGGGUCUUCUAGAAUAUCAGAGAGAUUUUCCCAUCUUGCCUGUAGAGGGCCUCUAUUAUAUUGGGCAUUUCAAAGCCAGCUUAUUAGGCUCUCUUGGUUGGCUUUGUGGGAUAAGUGGCUGAGCCUGAUUCCUUAGCAUGGCCAGGAAGAUACAGGCUAUCUUCUGAGGAACUGAAGAAGGCUCCCAUCAAAUAAAGCCUUUCUGCCUUAAAGCCUGCUAUUUUGAAACUAUAAGCAAUAUUGUUUUUCUUUAUCAUUGUCAUAACUGUUAUAAACUACUAUGACUCAUGAAGGGAUUAGUAGAGAUUUCUGUCUUUAUUCUAAAGAUGGUUAAAUUCAAGCUCACAGAGAUUAAUGGUUUUUGAACUACAGUAAAGUAUAACUGCUCAUCUUACUAAUCCCAUAAUUCUAAUAUCUCAUUAGAUAAAUUUGAAGCCACUGAAGAUAGGCAUGGUGACACAGGUCUUUAAUUAGAGCUCAGGAAGUAGAGGCAGAAAUUUCAGGAUUUAAAUGUCAUCCAAAUAGAGAGUGAUCGGUGGGUGUGGAGUGAGGACGAAGGAACCAAGAAAUUGUGAUUGGCUCAGGUUGAUGCCUAUAUUUUUUUCCUGUUACAGGAUAGUUUAGUGUCUAAAGAGUUUUUUCUGUCACUUUAUUCAUAUAGUGGGUUACAUGUGUUAUGUUGAUCCAUUUUCUCAUCACUUGAUGAAGUCCUCACAAUCAUAAUUAGUAAUCUUCUUGAUGUGAUUUUUGAUUCAGUUUGUAUGUAUUUUAUUGAGUAUUUUUGCAUUAAUGUUCAUGAGGGAAAUUGCUUUGUUUUUGCUGAGUUUUUAUGUAUGUUGAGUAUGAGGAUUAACUGUGAAUUAGGUAUUGUUCCUUUUGCUUCUAUUUUGUAAAAUACUUUUAGUUGUUAUGACAUUAAGUUUUCUUUGAAAGUCGGAUUGAAUUCUGCACUAAAACCAUUCAGCAAUUUGGAGUCUUGUAAUGAGUUCUAUAUCACUAGAUGUUAUAGGUGUAUUUCAAUUGUUUAUCUGGCCUUUGUUUAACUUCAGUAGGUGGUACCUAUUGAGAAAACUACUCAUGUCUUUUAGAAUCUCCAAUUUGGCAGGGCACAGGUUUUUAAAUUAUAUCCUUAUGGUUCUCUGGAAUUCCUCAGUGUCUGUUGUUCUGAUAUUCUUAAUCUGCAUAUUCUUUCUGUUUUACUUAGUUUGGAUCAGAGUUGCCUAUUUCCUGAUUUUUCUCAAAGAUUGAACUGUGUGUUUCAAUGAUUUAUGCUGUUGUUGUUGUAUUUUUCUCUCUUUUUGACUUUGGCCCUCAAUUUGAUAGUUGCUUGCUAUCUAUUCUUUUAAGGUAUGCUUACUUAUUUUUUCUUCUAGAGCUUUCAGGUGUUCUUUUAAGUUGCUAGUGAGAUAUAUCUCCCCUGCUUCCUUUUUUAAUGUAUGCACUUAGUCCUAUGAAUUAGCCUCUUAUUACAACUUUUGUUGUGUCCCCUGAGUUUGGAUGUGUUGUGUAUUCAUUUUCAUUGAAUUCUAGAAGUGCUUAUUUUCUUUAUCACUGUCUGACACAUUUUUAAUUCAAUAAAAACUUGUUCAGUUUC